AUUCAAGUUGGGUUACUCUAAUUGUGUUGUGGGUUCUUGAAUUUUGAGGUUUGCCGUGAAUUCCUCCAUUCCUCUCCCGGUCGGCUUCCUUCCCAGCCGGACCCGGUGCUGCUCGCCGGAGUUUCCUGGUUCCCGAUCGUUCUGUCAGUUAGCACUGAGAUUGAGUGCUCGGUUUUAUAUGAGUGAGGUAAGUAAAUUAUGGUAAAGCCCUCUGAUUUUAAAGCAUGUUUUAAAUUGUUUUUGAGAUGGUGGCAAGGUUUAAAUUGAUUUUAAAUUGAUUUUAUCAGCAUCUGAAUGUGAUGAAACUGAAAUGGAAGUUGUGAUGGUUUUUAUGAGAAUUUCACUGUUUUCCUAGAAUUGAGCAUGAUUGGAAUGAAAUUGUUUUCUUUGCAUUGAGUAAAGCAUGCCUAUUUGGAAUUGACUGAACUGUUUUGAUGAAUUGAGAGUUUGCAAAUUCUGACCUUUCUGUUAAAUCCAUGCUCACAUGGAAAUUUUCCGAUUAUUUUUGAAAUUGGAGAUUGAUUGUGAAAUUCGGGUUUUCUGUAAAUCCUACAUGGUUUUGUCUCGGAUAUAGUCAUGAUUACUGACGCCCGCUAGUGGGAGCUGUAAACGCUAGCACAUGUCGACAUGUAUUCUGUAGAAUCGCUUUGAUUCGAAGAAGUUCUCACCAUCUUGCAUUUUGUUGCAUGUUUCAAACUUGUGGGCCUUAUCAAACUAAAUCCAAAGCAUUUCACAUUUUUGAAAAAAAGAAAAGAAAAAAAGAAAAGAAAAAAGAGGUUCUUCUAAGAUAAAUUCAUGAAAAGUCCAUCUUUUAAACAUCAAAAUAAUCUGAGCACAUGAUUUUGGAGCAUCACAUCAUCGUUUUCUCCAAGCAUCACACCAUUCACUUUUUCUUUAAACUUCAUGGCAUUUGCUUUCUUUUCAAAGGAAUGAUAUUCCUAUGAAUGCCAAUUUAAUGGGCUGUAAUAGUGAAUCACCAGCUUCUCCUUUGAAAUUCGCUUGGCAUACUUAAUGAAGAAAAAUUCAUGUUUUACGAUACAAUUUCACACACCUUCCCAUUUGUCAACAUAUUUAUAUUCUUGCAUCCUUUAUCACUCAUUUCCCAUCCAUGUUUUUUUCAUGCAUUCCCAAAAAUGCAUGCUUUAGGAUACAACUCCACACACAUUAUCACUUUAGAGCAUAUUCAUGUUCCUUCAUCCUUUAUCUGUUGUUUGGCAUCCAUGUUGACUUCUUUCCAUGCACUCCCAUAAUCUUGUUGGAUUCUCUGCCUCCAACAAUUGAGAUAUGGAUUCAGACAUGGUCAAGCGCAAGUCUUGGUCAGUCUAGACACCUUUUGAAAUGUUCAUUUGUGGAGAAAGCUUUGAUCAACAGAGGAUUGAGGAGAUCUUUAACUCCCGUCAUUGACAAUUGCUAAGUCCAAGGGGCAAGCCUAGAAGAAUAAGAACCAAGAGCAACGUCAAGAUCAAAAGCUCAAGCACAUUACACUUCAUGUUGCUCCAACAAUCAAGGAAAAGAAUGGAACUCCUCAUUAAACAAUUGUACUUUGAAAGAUCUAGGAGUUAGAUUUUACUAGGGACUUGAAUGCUACCAUGUUGAUGUACUUAGUAUGAUGUACUAGGCUUUUACUUUGUAAUGACUGGCCAUCUUUGUAAUGAGCUGCUUGUAAGUGUCUUUUUUAUAGCCUUUGGAGUCUAUGGAAAUCUCAAGGGGUUCAAAGAUAUUUUGCUUCAUCCGAGGCUCCUUAAGGAUUGGAAAUCGAUAAUGUGUGAAUCCAUAUAGCAAUUGUUGAAGCACUAAAUCAUGCAAAAUUAUGGGAUGACUUCUAACAUUAUUCUGACUUUGUUUAUUUUUCUUUUAUUUUUUGUUUGUAGGUAGGUUUCAUAAACUACUUCAAGAACAAGCAAAAAUCAAGCAUGAUAGUCUCCUUAUGUUUUCUCUCUUUGGAGCAAUGCAUCAUCCAUUUAGAAGGCGACCUUCAACAUGCUCUUAUAAGCUCACCAAGAUAUGAUGUUGAAGUGGACUUACACACAAGACAUGUGGAUUUAGAUUCAAUGAAUGAGGGGGCAACUCUAGGAUAUGGGGAAAUUUGAGUAUUAUUGCUUUUAAGGAUGAACCCUUAUUUGACAUGAUCAUUACUUUUGCCUUGGGGGCACUUUGGCCGAUUGGACAAUCAAGCUUGUCUCUGCUUCAUUCAUCCAUGAGUAGGAUAAAUCAGCUUUCUAGUU